UCAGAGUUCAGACUGAUUCUGAUUCCAGAAAACUUUUCUUAUCACUUCUCGCGUCUCAUCUCUUUAGGAUGCAAUCUUCUUCCCUUCGAAUCAAUCUUUGUUGCUUUCUUUUGAAUUUAUGAUCCACCCUUCAUCCUCUCACACCAACGACUCCGUUCUUAUACCCAUACUCAUGGGAACUGUGUGUCUCAAGUGUGGCGACGAAGGUUUUCCAGAGACGUUGGUUUUUUGCAAAGAGUGUCAGGCUUGUGCUUUGCAUAGAUACUGUUUAAAUGGUCCUGUGGUGUUUUGGGAGGAAGUUAUAUGGUUUUGUGAGGAUUGUGAAGUAAAGCUCGUGAAGCCAUCUUCUUUUGACAUACGUGUUUCAGCCUCACCUGAAAAUAGUGACUCCAUAAGCUUAGAAAAUGAUGUGAACAAAGCCACAAAAAAGCUUCGGAAUUGCAUAAAUAGAGUGAAGAAAAGCAAUCAACAGGCUCAUAAUAUUAUUGAAGAACGGAAGCUAAAUAAAAGAAAAAUUGGCAAUCAACUGGCACAUAAGACGGUUGAAGAGAAGCAUGAUAAAAGACAAAUCAACAAUCAACGGCAACAAAAGAUAAUUGAAGAAGAGAAGCUGAAGAAAAGAAAAGUUAUCAGUCAACAAAAACAAGAUAUGAUUGAAGAAGAGAAGCUGAAGAAAGGGAAAGUUAUCAGUCAACAAAAACAAGAUAUGAUUGAAGAAGAGAAGCUGAAGAAAGGAAAAGUUAUCAGUCAACAAAAACAAGAUAUGAUUGAAGAAGAGAAGCAGAUGAAAAGGAAAGCUAUUCCUAACUCAUUUGCUAAAACUAAGGCCUUGUUAUCUGAUAAUCACAAAAUGCCUUUGCCUGCACAGCCUAUUGCUAAGCCGAUAUGGAGGGGAAGUCUUAACUUCCGCAAUGAAGCUGGUGGUGUUGUAACUGAACUUCUGGCCCAUAUGUCCAGUUUAGCGUGCUCCAAAGUUGAGGAGGAGACGCAGCUUUUGCCGAAGGUGCUUCAUGCGGAUUUGCUUCCCAGAUCUGUGGUGUGGCCUAAAAGUUUCAAGUAUGAGGGGCCAACUGAUAUGAGCAUUGCUCUCUAUUUCUUUCCUCAGAGUCAAAGGUUAUUUCUUAGGCAAUACUAUAGUGAUGCUACCGAGAUCUUCCAUUAAAAUGAUAUAUCU